AUGACAUUUGGCGCGUGGAAUGUGAGCACACUUCUUGACCGCGAAGAAAAUGUAUGCCAUGAGCGGAAAACUGCCAUUGUAGCUCGGGAACUAAGCCGCUAUAAUAUUGAUGUGGCUGCACUCAGCGAAACACACCUCCCCGAUGAAGGAGAGCUGGUAGAACACGGCGGCGGGUAUACUUUCUUUUGGAAAGGACUCGCUUCCUCAGAGCCGCGAAGGUCUGGUGUAGGCUUUGCUGUCAAGAACUACCUUGCUGCUCAACUACAAGAAUACCCCGUACACGCCUCGGAACGCAAUACCACAUUGCGCCUUUACAUGGAACGUGAAAACUAUCUGAAUGUCAUCAGUGUCUAUGCCCCUACACUAGACAAGUCUGAUGAAAUAAAGGCCAAAUUCUACGAAGAAUUGACGCGGUGCAUAGAUCGUAUCCGUCCAAGAGAGCAAAUCCUGCGCCUUUACAUGGAACGUGAAAACUAUCUGAAUGUCAUCAGUGUCUAUGCCCCUACGCUAGACAAGUCUGAUGAAAUUAAGGCCAAAUUCUACGAAGAAUUGACGCGGUGCAUAAAUCAUAUCCGUCCAAGAGAGCAAAUCCUUGGACUAAAUUAUGACGCCUGGCCUGAAGUUCUGGGCAGACAUGGUGUUGGUAAAAUGAAUAGCAGCGGCCAACUGUUGCUUAGUCUUUCUGCACAAUUAGAUCUUGCAAUUACAAAUACUAUGUUCAGAUUACCUGCCAAGUACAAGACAACGUGGAUGCACCCCAGAUCGAAGCAUUGUCACCUUAUCGAUUACGGUAUCGUGCGUCAAAAAGACAUCUCUCAAGUCCAAGUCACCCGUGUCAUGCGUGGUGCUCACUAUUGGACUGAUCACAGGCUUGUUAUUAUUAAAUUAUAUCUUCAUCUUCCACGUCCGUGUAGAUCGUAA